UGGAGAGCCGGCAUCAUAAUAUCCAUCAUCUCUUCAGGGCGAGCUAGGGUUGGUAGAGUGGCUGUUACAUCCUACACCCAAUGAAGCACCAUCUUAUGGCGAUACCCCAUUUCUAAACCCUGAAAGGGCAUUAUGCAAACUGCAUUCUCCCUACAUUGGUCUUCGACACCCGCAUCCGAAAACAUGUCAAGUGGAGACACUUCCCUUUCGGGAAAACUGUUAGCCAAGGAUGCUAAAGUGCGAGUCCGCCCCCUCGCGGCUCAAAGGAGCUUUUACAUACCAAUGGAAGACGCCAAAUAUAGAGGGCGUUAUUGGUUUUUCCAUCAUUCAAGGAACAGGAUCUUGCACGACUCGCACCCAGGCUUCCCCCCCCCCAUGCCACCUACCACGAUUCCGCAUUUGCGUGACAGUAAGGAUGGCUACUGACAUUCAACGAGAUAUGUAUCCUUAAUUACAUCGUAUUAACCCUGUAUGACCUGCUCAUUUAUAUCGCUUCAUUUAAGAUCGUCAACUUCCUGCGGGGAUGU